AUGGUUAUGUCAGGAGAUUCUGGCAGCGAGGACCACCGUGGUACGCCAGAGGCACCCGGUCGAGUUGUCACUCUAAUCGAGCGCUCCUACUGGGAGAAGUUGACGGACCACCAUGAUUCUGCGCCAGAAAAAGUCUGGGGCGUCGCAUAUCGUAUCGUGCCGGAAAAGGUGUCUGAAGUCAAGGAAUACCUGGAUAUUAGAGAGAUCAACGGCUACUCCAUCCACUAUACACCUUUUUAUCCCGCCGACGGGUCCACGCCCAUGGAGACUCUGGUGUACAUUGGCACUCCCGAUAAUGAGCAAUUUGUCGGCCCCCAAGAUCCCCAGAAGCUGGCACAGCAUAUUCUCAACAGCAAAGGACCAAGCGGUCUGAACAGAGACUACCUUUACGGACUCGACACUGCCCUCAAUGAAUUGUCCCCGGAUAGCGAAGAUUAUCAUGUCAGCGACUUGGCACAACGCGUUCGAGCACUCGAGCACUCAGUCAAUGGGACUUCAUCCUAG